AUGGCAACAGAGAAGAUUGAUAUGUCUUUAGACGAUAUUAUUAAGAAGUCUGGUGGCCGUGGUCGCGGACGUGGCCGAGGCAGAGGCAGAGGAGGCAGAGGCGGAAGAGGCCGAGGCACCAUGUCAGGACGUGGACGUGGUGGCAACAUGACGGGGCGAAAUCGACAACGAAUGACGCCGUUCUCUCGUUCAAGAACUUUACCCGAUAAAUGGGACCACGAUAUGUAUAAAGGCGGUGGACUUGGCCCAAAUCGAAUCAGCACAAGCAGCAAGUUAUUGAUUUCAAAUUUGGAUUACGGUGUUUCUGAUAAUGAUAUUAAGGAACUCUUUAGUGAAUUUGGUAACUUGAAAAAAGGUUCCGUUCACUACGACCGCUCGGGGAGAUCACUAGGAACUGCUGAGGUCAUUUUUGAUCGGAAAGAAGGGGCUGUUGCUGCCUUAAAAAAAUACAACAACAUACCAUUGGACGGAAGGCCAAUGAAAAUUCAAUUAGUUAAUGAGGCUGUGUCAACUAGAGGAACUACUGGACGCGUGGGAAAUAACAGAAGUAACAACUUUAACAGUAGAGGAGGUAAUGCCGGCCGACGAGGACGCGGUGGCGUCUUUAGACGUGGUCGAGGUGGAGGCCGAGGCCGCGGUAGAGGAAGAGGAGGAAGCAGACAAAAGCCUGUCUCAGCGACGGAUCUGGAUGCGCAAUUGGAUGCAUAUAAAUCAGGAGAACAAAUGGAAGUGGACUAA